AUGUGUGAUCCUGACGAGAGCUGUGAUGGAUACUUAAGGCUCUGCAGCGCCCGGCUUCUACCAUCGAUUUCCUUUCUCGAUCAUCCCAACGCACUCUCUUCUCACCUGUAUACACUCUUUAAACUUAGGGCUUCUUUCACCCGUUCCAUUCACUACUUUGCUAUAUUUCUCGCGUGUCUUUACGACCCAACUAUUACAUACUUCAAAAUGCAGUCUGCUCUUCUUGCUCUUAUUGCCGGUGCCGCCAUGGCCCGUGCUGGUCUCACUGACACUGCCAACGUUGACAACACUGCCAACCUCAACAACGUUGCCAACCUUGACGACGUUGCUAACCUCGACAACGUUUCCAAGCUCGAUAAGGUUUCUAACCUCGACAACGUUGCCAACCUUGACAAGACCGGCUCUGUUCUCGGUAGCCGUGACGGUGGCCUCAACCUCAAUCAGCUCACUGAGAACCUCAAGCUCGACCAGCUCCUCAAGGGUGCCAACCUCGACCAGGCCUCUGGUGUUGGCAAGACCGGCUCUGUUCUCAGUAGUCGCGACGGUGGUCUUCUCGGAGCCGUUCUCGGCAACGACGGCCUCGCCCUCGGCGCUGUUCUCCCCGCCGGCAUUGUCCUCGCUGCUGAUCUUGGCCCUCGCUACCCUCCCCCCAAGGGCUGCACCAACAUGUGGCACCCUCCUCACCACGGUGUUGACAUGGACGGCUGCGACAACCACCACGACGAUGAGUGGCACUACGUCCACCCCUGCGAGGUCUGCCAGCACCAGCCUCCUCACACCUGGACCACCAGCACCAUCAGUGAGACCUGCAUCACCACUGUCAUCUCGUGCGCUCCCACCAUCACCAACUGCCCUGGCCGCACCACCGUGACCAUCCCCGCCACCACCACCAUCUGCCCCGUCCAGGUCACCCAGACCGCCGCCCACAGCACCUGGUCUGCUCCUCCUGUUGUCGUCACCCAGACUCCUGCUGCUCCCUACACCACUCCUUGCCCUACCCUCGUCACCGAGGUCUCUACUCGCCCUACCACCGAGGCUCCCGCCCCUACCGGCUGGGUCCCUCCCGUCAACAACAACAACACCUGGUCUCAGCCUCCCGUCGUUGUUGGUGCUGCCAACAAGGCUCAGGGCAUGGGCAUUGCUGCCGUCGUUGGUGCCGUUGCUGCUAUGCUCCUCUAA